GUGGGCGUGUCCGCUAGGGGCGUACCUGAUCACGUGACCGUGAUGAAAAUGGCGGGUCCUCUCAUUGAAUCACACAAGGUCAACCAUGUGGAAAGUAGGAAGACGGAAAGCAGAUUGAAGAAGUGGAUUUUGAUUCUCAUUUUAUAUUUGAAUGUGAUCGAAGUCUGUGCAUGUCAGCCAUGUGAACGGACUGAGACUACCUUUCUGUGGGGAUUCAUCACAUUCAUAACUGACACCUGCAAACCUGGAUACGGUGAUCGGCGAGACCCUCUCGAGAAGAAUUCGAAGGUCGCCGGUACAGCUGUCGCAGCCUGUGUCUUCAGUAGAUGACACCAACACAGACGCUGCAGGCGACACCUGCAAAGAGACAGCUGGUGACACCUGCAUAGAGGGAACAGGUGGCACUUGCAUAAAGGUAGCUAGGGACACAUGUAAAGAGGCAGUAGGUGAUCAUUGCAAAGAGGAAUCUAGUGACACUUGUGUAGAGGGAGGGGGUGACACCUGCAAAGAGACACCUGGUGACACCGCAAAGAGGGAACUGGUGACACACGUAAAGAGCCAGUUGGUGACACAAGCGCAAACUCUAAUGGUGACACCUGUAAAGAGGGAACUGGUGACACUUGUAAAGAAGCAGUUGGUGACAAAAGCACAGACGCAAAAGGUGACACCUGUAAAGAGGGAAUUGGUGACACCUAUAAAUAGACAUCUGGUGACACUUGCAAAGAGGGAACUGGUGACACAUGUAAAGAGGCAGUUGAUGACACAAGCGCAGACGCUAAAGGUGACACCUGCAAAGAGGGAAGUGGUGACACCUUUAAAGAGACACCUGGUGACACUUGCAAUUAGGGAACUGGUGACACAUGUAAAGAGGCAGUUGGUGACAGACGCAGGCACCAAAGGUGACACCUGCAAAGAGGGAAGUGGUGACACCCAUAAAGAGACAUCUGGUGACACUGGCAAAGAGGGAACUGGUGACACAUGUAAAGAGGCAGUUGAUGACACAAGCGCAGACGCUAAAGGUGACACCUGCAAAGAGGGAAGUGGUAACACAUAUAAAGAGACACUUGGUGACAUUUGCAAAGAGGGAACUGGUGACACAUGUAAAGAGGCAGUUGGUGACACAAUCGUAGACUCCAAAGGUGACACCUGCAAAGUGGGAAGUGGUGACACAUAUAAAGAGACACCUGGUGACACUUGACUUGCAAAGAGGGAACUGGUGACACAUGUAAAGAGGCAGUCGGUGACAUAGGCGCAGACGCUAAAGGUGACACCUGCAAAGAGGGAACUGGUGACACAUAUAAAGAGACACCUGGUGUCACCUGUAAAGAGGCAGUUGGUGACACAAGCACAAGCGCAAAAGGUAACACCUGCAACGUGGCAACCGGUUACACCUGUGUACAUCCUAUUUCAGCAAAUCAAAGUUAAAAGAAAUGCUUGUUGUCGCAACAUCAUAAAGCCUUUCUCCCAGUCUUUCUCUUAAAAAACUAUUAGGUAUUCGAACCUCCAUAGACACUCUCUAAUUUCUUUUAUAGAACUGUUUUCACAAUUUGUUUAGUAAUUUGAAGUAAUGAGGAUGUCAUUCAUUUUAUGUUUUACUAAAAAAAACCAAAACAUUAGUU